AUGGCAAAGAAGAAAUUCAGUGGAUUAGAAAUCUCUCUGAUUGUCCUCUUCAUCAUAGUAACAAUAAUAGCUAUUGCUCUAGUUGUUGUUUUAGCAACAAAGGUGCCUGCUGUGGAAGAAAAUCAAAGUUCAUCUGGUACUGGAAAAUGUCCCACUGAGCCACAUGAUCCUAUCAAUGAGAGAAUAAACUGCAUCCCAGAACAAACUCCAACACAGGCAACAUGUGAAGAGCGUGGCUGUUGCUGGCGCCCAUGGAACAACUCGAUCAUUCCUUGGUGCUUCUUUGUAAAAAAUCAUGGCUAUAAUGCUGAGUCAGUAACUACAAAAGAUACUGGACUUGAAGCCAAACUGAACAGGAUCCCUUCUCCUACUCUAUUUGGAGAAGACAUUAAUAGUGUCCUCCUCACAACUCACAGUCAAACCUCAAAUCGUUUGCGGUUCAAGAUUACAGAUCCAAAUAAUAAAAGAUACGAAGUGCCACAUCAAUUUGUAAAGGAUGUUCCUGGAAUCCCGGCAGCUGACACACUUUAUGAUGUGCAGGUCACACAAAAACCUUUCAGCAUCAAAGUGAGCAGGAAAAGCAACAACAGAAUCUUGUUUGACACCAGUGUUGGUCCACUGGUGUAUUCCAACCAAUAUUUGCAGAUUUCAACAAAACUUCCAAGUGAAUAUAUUUAUGGCUUUGGGGAACAUAUUCAUAAGAGAUUUCGUCAUGACUUAUACUGGAAAACGUGGCCAAUCUUUACUCGAGAUGAACUUCCUGGUGAUAAUAAUCAUAACCUGUAUGGGCAUCAGACAUUCUUCAUGGGCAUUGAAGAUAACACUGGAAAGUCAUAUGGUGUUUUUCUCAUGAACAGUAAUGCAAUGGAGAUUUUUAUCCAGCCAACUCCAAUAGUUACUUACAGAGUUAUUGGUGGUAUACUAGAUUUUUACAUAUUUCUUGGAGACACACCAGGAGAAGUAGUCCAACAAUACCAAGAGCUCAUUGGAAGACCAGCAAUGCCAGCAUAUUGGAAUCUUGGCUUUCAACUAAGUCGCUGGAAUUACCAGUCACUCGAUGCAGUGAAAGAAGUAGUAAGAAGAAACCGGGAAGCUGGCAUCCCAUAUGAUGCACAAGUCACCGAUAUUGAUUACAUGGAAGACAAAAAGGACUUCACUUAUGAUGAAGUUGCUUUCAAAGGGCUUCCUGAAUUUGCUCAGGAUUUACACAACCAUGGACAAAAAUAUAUUAUCAUCCUGGACCCAGCGAUAUCUAUAACAAAACGGGCCAAUGGAGCAGAGUAUGGAACAUAUGUGAGAGGUAGUCAACAAAAUAUUUGGGUGAGUGAGUCAGAUGGAACAACACCACUUAUUGGAGAGGUAUGGCCAGGAUUAACUGUGUAUCCUGAUUUUACUAAUCCAAAAACCAGUGAGUGGUGGGCAAAUGAAUGCAGUCUUUUCCACCAGCAAGUGGAAUAUGAUGGACUAUGGAUUGACAUGAAUGAAGUUUCCAGCUUUAUUCAAGGUUCAUUGAAAGGGUGCACCGUCAAUAAAAUGAAUUAUCCCCCUUUCACUCCUGGUAUUCUUGACAAAAUUUUGUAUUCCAAAACGCUCUGCAUGGAUGCUGUGCAGUACUGGGGGAAGCAGUAUGAUGUCCACAGCCUGUAUGGAUACAGCAUGUCUAUAGCCACAGAGAAAGCUGUGGAAAAAGUUUUUCCAAACAAGAGAAGUUUCAUCCUUACUCGGUCAACAUUUGCUGGCUCUGGAAGGCAUGCUGCCCAUUGGCUUGGAGACAAUACUGCCUCGUGGGAACAGAUGGAAUGGUCCAUCACUGGAAUGCUGGAGUUUGGGCUGUUUGGCAUGCCUUUGGUUGGAGCAGACAUCUGUGGAUUUGUGGCUAACACUACAGAGGAACUCUGCAGAAGGUGGAUGCAACUCGGAGCUUUUUAUCCAUUUUCUAGAAACCACAAUGCUGAAGGCUAUAUGGAGCAAGAUCCUGCAUUUUUUGGACAAAACUCUCUUUUGGUAAAGACAUCAAGGCACUACUUAACCAUCCGCUACACCUUACUCCCUUUCCUCUACACCCUGUUCUACAAAGCCCACAUGUUUGGAGAGACAGUCGCAAGGCCAUUUCUUCAUGAAUUUUAUGAAGACCUAAACAGCUGGAUUGAGGACACCCAAUUUCUAUGGGGCCCUGCACUGCUUAUCACUCCUGUUUUGAAACAGGGAACAGAAUCUGUGAGUGCAUACAUUCCUGAUGCUACCUGGUAUGAUUAUGAAACAGGUGAAAAAAAGCCAUGGAGAAAACAAAGGGUUGAUAUGUACCUUCCAGCAGAUAAAAUAGGAUUGCAUCUGAGAGGAGGCUAUAUAAUCCCAAUCCAGGAACCUAAUGUAACCACAACAGCAAGCCGAAAGAAUCCUCUAGGUCUCAUUGUUGCAUUAGAUGAAAAUCAGACAGCAAAAGGAGACUUCUUCUGGGAUGAUGGUGAAACUAAAGGAACCAUAGAAAAUGGAAACUACAUAUUUUACACCUUUUCAGUUUCUAAUAAUGACUUGGUUGUUAAUUGCACACAUUCAGCAUAUUCAGAAGGAACUGCCCUUGCUUUUAAAACAAUCAAAGUUCUUGGGCUGACAGACACUGUGACAGCAGUUACAGUCGGAGAGAAUGCUCAGCAGAUGGCUUCUCAUUCUGCUUUCACUUUUGAUGCCUCCAAUAAGGUUCUCUCAAUUAUAGAUCUUAACUUUAAUCUUGGAAAAAGCUUUAGAGUUAGAUGGAAUCAAAUUUUCUCAGAAAAUGAGAGAUUUGGUUGUUAUCCAGAUGCAGGCAUGGCAACUGAGAACUUAUGUGUACAGCGAGGCUGCAUUUGGCAAGAGGUUAGUGGGUCAUCCUUUGCACCUGAAUGCUAUUUUCCUAAAGAUCACAAUCCCUACUUGUUAACUUCAACUAAAUAUUCACCAACGGGUAUAACAGCUGAACUCCAGUUGAAUACUGCAAAUGCUAGAGUAAACCUUCCCUCUAAUCCCAUCUCCAAUCUCCGUGUGGAAGUAAAAUAUCACAAAAAUGACAUGCUACAAUUUAAGAUUUAUGAUGCAAAUCAUAAGAGAUAUGAAGUUCCAGUACCAUUAAACAUUCCAGAGACCCCAACAAGUUCUUAUGAAAAUAGGCUCUAUGAUGUUGAAAUCAAGGAAAAUCCUUUUGGCAUCCAGGUUCGAAGGAGAAGCAGUGGACGGCUUAUCUGGGAUUCUCGCCUGCCUGGAUUUGCAUACAAUGACCAAUUCAUUCAGAUAUCUAGCCGUCUGCCAUCAGAAUAUUUAUAUGGUUUUGGGGAAGUAGAACACACAACAUUCAAGCGAGAUUUGAACUGGCAUACUUGGGGAAUGUUCACAAGAGAUCAACCUCCUGGUUAUAAACUUAAUUCCUAUGGAUUCCAUCCGUAUUAUAUGGCUUUGGAAGAUGAGGGCCAUGCUCAUGGAGUUCUGUUACUCAACAGCAAUGGAAUGGAUGUUACAUUUCAGCCAACUCCUGCACUAACUUACCGCAUAAUUGGAGGCAUCUUGGAUUUUUACAUGUUUUUGGGACCAACCCCAGAAAUUGCAACAAGGCAAUACCAUGAAGUAAUUGGCUAUCCAGUCAUGCCACCUUACUGGUCACUGGGGUUUCAAUUAUGUCGUUAUGGAUACAGAAAUACUUCAGAGAUUGUGCAACUAUAUAAUGACAUGGUGGCUGCUAAGAUCCCCUAUGAUGUUCAGUACACAGACAUUAAUUACAUGGAAAGGCAACUAGACUUCACAAUUGGUGAACGAUUCAAGGAUCUACCCCAGUUUGUUGACCAAAUAAGAAGCAAGGGAAUGAAAUAUAUUAUUAUCUUGGAUCCAGCAAUUUCAGGAAAUGAAACAAAGCCUUAUCCUGCCUUUGACCGAGGGAUAAAGAAAGAUGUCUUUGUUAAGUGGCCCAAUACAAAUGAUAUUUGUUGGGCUAAGGUUUGGCCAGACUUACCUAAUAUUGAAAUAAAUGAGAGUUUAACAGAAGAUGAAGCUGUUAAUGCUUCCAGAGCAUAUGUAGCAUUUCCAGACUUCUUCAAGAAUGCCACAGCGGAGUGGUGGACAACAGAAAUUUAUGACUUCUACAAUGAAAAAAUGAAGUUUGAUGGCUUAUGGAUUGAUAUGAAUGAGCCUUCCAGUUUUGUAAAUGGAACAGUUUCAAAUAGAUGCAGAAAUGAUACACUAAAUUACCCACCUUAUUUCCCAGAACUCACAAAAAGAACAGAUGGGUUACAUUUCCGGACCAUGUGCAUGGAAACAGAGCAGAUUCUUAGUGACGGGUCAUCAGUUUUGCAUUAUGAUGUGCACAACUUGUAUGGAUGGUCACAAGUGAAACCCACUCUGGAUGCAUUACGGAAGACCACUGGCCAGAGAGGAAUAGUCAUCUCUCGGUCCACAUAUCCCUCGGCUGGUCGAUGGGGGGGACACUGGCUUGGAGACAAUUACGCAAACUGGGCUAAUUUGGAAAAAUCACUCAUUGGUAUGCUGGAAUUUAAUCUUUUUGGGAUACCAUAUAUUGGAGCAGAUAUCUGUGGUUUUUUCAACGAUUCAGAAUAUCAUCUCUGUACUCGCUGGAUGCAAGUUGGAGCCUUUUAUCCAUAUUCAAGAAACCACAACAUUCAAUUUACUAGAAGGCAAGAUCCUGUUUCCUGGAAUGAAACUUUUGCUGAAAUGUCCAAGAAAGUUCUAGAAAUCAGAUACACUUUGCUGCCCUAUUUCUACACACAGAUGCAUGAAGCCCAUGUUCAUGGUGGCACUGUCAUCAGACCCCUAAUGCACGAGUUCUUUGAUGAUAAGAAAACCUGGGAAAUAUAUGAGCAGUUCCUGUGGGGUUCUGCUUUUAUGGUGACUCCUGUCAUUGAGCCUUACAAGACCAGUGUGAAUGGCUAUGUCCCCAAUGCUCGGUGGUUUGACUACUAUACUGGGGAAGAUAUAAAGGUCAGAGGACAACAACAAACAUUUGCAGCUCCUUUUGAUAAAAUAAAUCUGCAUGUCCGAGGAGGUUAUAUUUUACCAUGCCAAGAGCCUGCACGGAACACACAUUUAAGUCGACAGAAUUUCAUGAAGCUCAUUGUUGCUGCAAAUGACAAUCAAACAGCACAAGGAACUCUAUUUUGGGAUGAUGGAGAUAGUAUAGACACUUAUGAAAGAGAUCUUUAUACCUUGAUACAAUUCAAUCUAAAACAGAAAACUUUAACAAGCACUUUAUUGAAAAAUGGGUAUACAAACAAAUCUGAGAUGAGACUUGGAAAUGUUCAUGUAUGGGGUAUAGGAACAACCAACAUCAACAAGGUUAAUUUGAUUUAUAGUGGAAAUACACUAAAUCCUACAUUUGAUCAUGAUACAACCAAGGAGAUACUAACAAUUGACCUGAAACAAAUGAAUGUUACUCUUGAUGAACCAAUAGAAAUUAGCUGGUCUUGA